AUGGCUUCUGAGAGGAACAAAGAUUUCAAGUUUUGCACGGUAUGUGCCUCUAACAACAAUCGAUCGAUGGAAUCGCAUCGGAUUCUGCAAGAAGCUGGAUACGACGUUUCAUCAUAUGGUACUGGAUCGGCUGUAAGAUUACCAGGUCUCUCAGAGGAUAAGCCCAACGUCUAUACUUUUGGAACGCCUUAUAACGAUAUAUACAACGAUUUGCGUUCGCAAUCUGUCGAUCGCUACAAGUCCAAUGGCCUACUAGAAAUGCUGGACCGGAAUCGCAAACUAAAAAGAGCUCCCGAAAAAUGGCAAGAAGGAAACAAAGUCUUUGAUUUCGUUAUUACUUGUGAAGAGCGUUGUUUUGAUGCUGUAUGCGAGGAUCUCAUGAGUCGUGGUGGUCUGCUCAACAAGAUUGUUCAUGUUUUCAAUAUUAACAUUAGAGACGACAAUGAAAAUGCCAAGAUCGGUGGUAAAGCAAUACUUAAACUCGCAGAUAUGCUUUCAGCUUCAGCUUUGACUAGUGAAAAUUCUGGUGAACCAUUUGAGGACACUGUCAUGGAACUGCUGAGCCAGUGGCAGGAAAUGUAUCCGAACCUACCUCUGCUGUACUCUCCUGCAUACUAUUGA